GCCGAGCUGCGGCGCCAGGCCCGGGCGGCCGGCGCUCCGCCGACGCCGCUGCCCCUCACCGAUUCCUUCCUGCUGCGGUUCCUGCGCGCCCGGGACUUCGACCUCGACCUGGCCUGGCGGGUAAGCGUGCCUCCCGGCUGCGUUCCCCUCCGCGGGCAGGGCUGGGGGCCCGCCGCGGCUCGGCCCAGACCCCCGCGAAAGCUCGAGUCGCCUGCAGAACCGUGGCGGGAAGGCGCCCCAGACGCGCACCGGGCGGCGGGCGCGGUGGCUGCAGGUGCUCUGAGAAAUCCCGCGCGGGUCCUGCCAGUUUCUCAGGGUCUUGGAAACGGAAAACCUAGAAAAAGCUGGAGCGCUCUGGGGUGAUGGCCCGUUUGACCUCCAACCACUGGAGCCCUGCUCUACAUGAGCCCCCCGAACCCAUGAAGUUCGGGGCGAAUGCCUUUCCUCUCCCUGGCGCAAAGCCGGUGAUAGAAACCAAAGUAACAGCUGACAAGGAGGAAGCCUGGAUUUAUCACAUCUUAGCAGACCACUGCACGUGUGGCCGGGAGUAUGGAGUUGCCAGUAAAACUGAAGGUCUGAGGCCAAAUUCUAGCGAAAGAGUGCCAUUCCUGAUCAUACUUUGCAGGACGGUAAAGCCGUGCGGUAUGUUUUGAGUGGAAAGGUAUGGGACGAGCUGGCUCUUCUGUGUUUCCAGGUUUGCUACAGAUGGUUGAGAGAAGGGGUGGUGCGAAGACAGGAAUCGAAAAGACAGAUGUAACCUUGAGUUCUGUCACUUUGGGCUCAGCAUCCUUUCCUGUUAAAUAAUGGUGAGAAAGCCUAGCCCACUGAUUUCGAGAAUUGAACGUUAGCCAAUCUGGCAGAGAGCCUGACCUAAGAGUGAGCACCCAGCGAUUGAACCUGAUCUCGCCCUUUUGCCAACUGGCUUGCUCAAUGUCGUGUUGCGAGGUGGGCCGCAGGGGACGUAUUAUAGUACAGAAUCGUAAACAUGUCUCGGUAUGAGUUUUUGUUGUUGUUGUUAACUAAUUUUUAACCAAAAAAGUAAAGAGCAUGGGGGAUUUAAAAAAUCCGUAAGUAGCAAGGAGUGCAAAGUAAGUUUCUAAAAGUAACUUUCUAAAGGAACAAACUUCCCCACCCAAAACCUUCAUUUCAUUGGUCGGUUACCCAGAAGCAGUUACUGUUACAUGUUUCUCCUUCUGGGUAUAGUCUGAGCUCAGGCGGCAUAGGUAGGUGUUUUACGUUUGGCCUUUAUUUUAUUUUAUUUUAUUUGUUUACAUAACUUCUCAUAGAGAUCAGCCUAUUUCAGCAUGUGUGCAUACAUUGUAUUCUUUUGGGGAGCUGUGUGCAAUUCCAUUGUAUGAAUUAAUGAUAUUAACAUUUAUUAACAGUCCCCUGUUACUGGACAUAGGAGUUGUCAUCAGCCAGCAGCAAUGCCAUCAAUGCAUGCUGUUCAUUCCUUCAACGAUUAUUUUUUGAACUGCAAUUAGCCUGGCGGUGUACAAAAUGCAGUAGAUAAGAGACACGGGGUUUCUUCCAUCACCAAGUGGACUUUGUAGUAUGUCUUUAUACAUUUGUCUUUGUGCAAAAACAGGAAUAUAUCCUUAUAAGUUGCUGAAAAACUAUUAUAAGUGGAGGGCAGAAUGUCCAGAAAUAAGUGCCGAUCUACGCCCUAGAAGUAUCCUUGGCCUUCUGAAGGCCGGUUACCUUGGAGUUCUGAGAGCCAGAGAUCCCACUGGCAGCAAAGUUCUUAUUUACAGAAUCGCACAAUGGGACCCAAAAGUUUUCACAGCUUAUGAUGUUUUCCGUGUAAGUCUAAUCACAUCCGAGCUUAUUGUAGAGGAGGUAGAAACCCAACGGAAUGGUAUCAAAGCUGUCUUUGAUCUAGAAGGCUGGCAGUUUUCUCACGCUUUUCAAAUUACCCCAUCGGUAGCCAAGAAGAUUGCUGCUGUUCUUACAGAUUCCUUUCCAUUAAAAGUUCGUGGUAUCCAUUUGAUAAAUGAGCCAAUAAUUUUUCAUGCUGUCUUUUCCAUGAUUAAACCAUUCCUGACUGAAAAAAUUAAGGAACGGAUUCAUAUGCAUGGGAACAAUUACAAACAAAGCUUACUUCAGCAUUUCCCAGACAUUCUCCCUCUGGAAUAUGGUGGUACAGAAUUCUCCAUGGAGGACAUUUGUCAGGAGUGGACAAAUUUUAUAAUGAAGUCUGAAAAUUAUCUCAGCAGCAUUUCACAGAUCAAUCAAUGAGAAGAAGUUAUUUAAUGUGAAUAUUAAAUAUACAUGAGUGAGAUCCUACCUGGUUACAUGAAUGAAAGAAAAAUAAUCUUUUUAAACUAGUUAAUGCUUGCCUGAUUGAUCUUCUAAAAUGUAAAACUCUUCUGACAUGAGCAACAUAGGGAUUUGGAAAACUGCUUUUUAAAUGCAUUUUAUCUUUCAGGUAGUUAAAUGUUAGUACUUCUUGAAAGCAUAGAAGAGAUUCCUCGUUUUUGUACUUGAAGUUAUCUCUUAAAGUAGCUAUUCAUGUUCACCUUUGUAUAUUUCUGAAAAGUUUCCUUUUAACCAAGUUAUUUGACUACAUUGGUUUAGGAAUUAGUGUCCUACAAAUAGUCCAUGAAAAAGAAGUAUGAGUGCAGAUCAUCUGAUGAUAAAAAUCUAUCAACAUCCAUCAUGGGUGGGUGUCAGAUUAGAUUAUAAUUCAGAUUAAAAUCUGAAUACACUUUUACAGAGUUAUUUCUAUGGGCCAGCAAGACAGUUUAUCUCAGGGAGGUUCUAUUUCAGCAUAAUUUGCACAAUAGAAAAUUUUGAUUGAAGAGUCUAGAUACCAUAAACUAUUGUAUGUAGCAUCUAGAGGUCUCUGAAAUUACUCAUGUUGACAAAAUUGAUAAUCAAAAAUAAUUUAGGAAAUAUUUUAGGUAUAGCUGAUGGCUUCUUAAUACUAUUUCUGCAUUUUCAAACAAAUCAAGAACGUAAUUUUGACUUCUGUUUUUAGUUAUCUUAUCAAGACUACACAGAGACUUAGAAAUGGAAUAAUACUUAGUAGUCAUACAUGGACUCUAUUUUUAAUUGAACAAUAACACAACUACACAAAGGAAAGGAAAUGUUUACAUUUUAAAAAUCACUGUCAGUUACACCUGGAACUUUUCAGAUUAUGUAUGAAAUAAUUUAACUUUUAAUAUAUAUCAGAAUAUUCUAGACAAAUUCUAUAAUUCAUAUUUACUUUAAAAAAUCAGUAGUUAAAAUGUGCUGUUUAUAUUAUAGCUUAUGUCAUAGAAUAUUUCAUUUAUUAAGAAAGAUACAGUGUCAAUAUAGCUUUCAAUUUAUGACAGUGUUUCAUAAUUUUUAAAUUUUAUUUUAAGUUUGAAAAGAAAAAAACAGCGCAAAUUUGUUACACAUUUGUUCAACUUUAAUCAUGCAAUAGUAUCUUUGUGAAAGGAUAUAUGAAGGGUAUUUUUCUUUAUAAGAAAAUUAUUCUAAUCAGGUGAGCUGAUAAUUUUAAUUCUCUGUACAUAUGUCUAUGAAAAAAUUGAGAGCAACUGUGAAUGUUCAUUAGAGAACAAAUUUUGAUUUAGCAUUGGGAAGCUAACUUUACAUUAUAAUUUUUAUUAAAAAAUUAGAUUGUGCCUGUUUUCUAAAAAAAAAUCAUAAAGACUUCCUUACAAAAUUAUAUAAUUCACAAAAUUGUAUGAUUAAAAAUAAUAGCAGAAUAAAAUCAUUGAAAAACAAUAAACAAUAACAACAACAAAAAGCUCUGGUUUACCCAACUUUUAUUUUUCUAUAAAGGAGGUUUAUAUCCGAGUUCCACUUCAUUUACGUUUGGAUACUUAAAACACUUACUCAUGACUCUGUGAAGGAAUGAUUACUUUAGCACGUGAAUAAAGGAUAGUAUUUAAAAAUGUUGUUUAAAUGUGAUUCACUGGUGAUGUUAUUAACAGUAAAUAGAAUUAAAAUAUGUCAAUCAGUAGAAGUGCAUUUCAUGAUGGUACUGUGACAUAUUUUUUUAAAUGCAGCAAUUCACUGAAGAACAUGAAAAGAACAAGGCGAAAUGAGCAGGCAAUUUUAUAAGGUGGCAGGAUAAAUAACUAUCAAAUUGUCUGUAUUACUAAGUUACUGUAUAUUACUUUACUGUAAUUGCACCAGAAGUGCCUUUUACAAGGUUAACUCUAACAUGUGCUCAUCAUGUUACUGAGCUGCACAAUAAUUUGUGUUAAUAUUGUUCAAAAAUAAUAAAGAUCUUUUAC